AUGGGCGGGUGCCCCAAACGUGAGGAGAUCUUGAAAUGCAAAAUGUGAAUUCAGGAAGCCUAUCCUCAAACCAUGGCUCUGACCCAGUUUCUUUGUAGGGGUCCUAAUUUUCUGAAACCUUUAACAGCGACCAGUUUGGGAAGAACAUUGAAGAUUCCUAUGUGUUUUUGGAAUGAUUAUUUAAGAAAGGUCUCUGUUCAUGAUGGCAAAUCCUUUUCUACUAAAAUAGUCCUGGGAAUAGAAACGAGCUGCGAUGAUACAGGAGCUGCUGUGGUGGAUGAAACUGGUAGCAUUUUAGGAGAAGCAUUACAUUCUCAAACUGAUGUUCAUUUAAAAACAGGUGGCAUUAUUCCUUCAGUAGCACAACAGCUUCACCAAGAAAAUAUCGCAAGGGUAGUGCAACAUGCAGUCUCAGCCAGUGGUGUCAAUAUGGAGGACAUCUCGGCUAUUGCAACAACUGUGAUGCCAGGACUUGCGUUAAGCCUUGGAAUCGGAUUGAAAUAUAGUUUAGAACUGGUGAAGAAACAUCAGAAACCUUUUAUCCCUAUCCAUCAUAUGGAAGCACACGCACUUACUGCCCGGCUGACGAAUCUCGUAGCCUUUCCUUUUCUUGUCCUUUUACUCUCGGGGGGUCACUGUAUACUGGCAGUAGCUCAAGGUGUUUCAGAUUUUCUUCUCCUUGGAGAGACAAAGGACAUCGCACCGGGGGACAUGCUUGACAAGGUAGCUAGAAGUCUUUCUUUACAUAAUCAUCCAGAGUGCUCUGGCAUGAAUGGUGGGAGAGCAAUAGAAACCUUGGCCAGGCAGGGUAACAUUCUGCGUUACAAAUUCACAAUCCCAAUGCUGCGAUACCGUGAUUGCACCUUCUCUUUUGCUGGAUUGCAAAGCGAAAUCACUAGAAAGAUUUCAAAAGAAGAAAAGGCAGAAGGCCUUCUGGAAGGGCAACAUCUCUCCUGUCUUCCGGAUCUUGCUGCCGCAGCCCUGCAUGCAAUGACUGUUCACAUUGCUGAGCGAACACAUCGGGCUAUUCUCUUCUGCAAAGAGAAAGGAAUCAUACCCCCAGGAAAGGAAACUCUGGUAGUUUCAGGAGGUGUCGCAAGUAACCAAUAUGUCCGUAGAUCUCUGCAACUUCUAGCAGAUGCUACUAAUUUCACAUUGGUUUGUCCACCUCCAAGGCUUUGCACUGACAAUGGUGUUAUGAUUGCAUGGAAUGGAAUUGAAAAACUUUCUGCAGGACUAGAUAUCUUUUAUCAUUUAGAAAAUUUCAGGUAUGAACCAAAAGCUCCACUUGGAACUGAUAUCUCAGAACAAGUAAAAGAAGCUUUCAUCAAAGUGCCAGGGCUAAAUCUAGCAGUAUGAUGUUUGGUAUUUUUCAAUUGUCUGGAAAAAAAGUGAAAUUGUUAUUUUCAAAAAUGUUUUUAAUGGGGACUCCAUUUUAUUGCCCCCUGGUCAUCUGGACCAAUUAUGUGACAUUGCCAAAUAAUUUAAUUAUAAGCUGAGGAAAAAUUAAGAUAUGAAAAUGAAAAAAAACAACCCAGGAGAUAAAUUUUUAGUCACUAUAAAGAGGAAGGGAUUUCUAAACAUUUUAUUGUUUGUAAAUUUGGACAUAUGUUCCAUUAUCGAUUAAAUUAUGGCAUUUUUCAGUGGUUUAAUAAUAAUUAUUUGCAGAAGUAAAAGGAUUAGAUAUUGUGCAUGUUUGGUCCGAAUUUAAAAUAAUACCCUCAAAAAUAAGGGGGGAGGAGGAGUAAGUGCAGUACCCAGCUUCCCCACUUAAGUAAUCUUGGUUUGCAAAUUUCAGCUGAAAUAAAUCUUCAAUGUUCCACUCUUUCACCCAGUAUAAGUGAGCACAUGUCAGUUUUUACAUCUGUUUAUAUAUGUAUGCAAGUGGAUAUAACUGCCAGAAGCUACGUUCCAAAAAGCAUAGAAGCAGGCCAAAAAAAAAAUCACUUUGGUUCAAUUAAUAACUACUAAAUACAAUUGCUUGUAAAAUAAGGUUCUCCCUUUACCAAAUGGAUUGAUUUCCAUUAAUAUAAACCAACCAUACUUUCUCUUGGAUGCAAACCACUCCAACACAACGGAAUUAU